GUAUAGUAUAAAUUAUUAUUAAAAAAUUUAUUUUACACCUCUAGGUAAAUUUUUUAAUGAUGCACCACCUGAAUCAAAACUAAAAUGUGGCCUAUAAAUAAUACUGCGAGCUUAGGGACCCAAAAUUUUAACUCUAAUCAAGACUGGGCAUCAUUAGCACAACAAUGGGUUAAACAAAAAGAAGAUAUUAAUCCUUUAAAUCAGUAUUUUCAAACAAGAAUGGCAAUGAUUAAUAACCCAAAUUUACCCAAUUUUUAUCCAUCUAAUAAUUAUUUCCCUGCCAAUCAAAAUUUUCAGCCUCAUAUGAGUUAUCAAAAUCCCAUUUUUCAACAAAACACUCAAAUGUACCAACCAAAUUCAAAUAACAAUAAUCAAAAUAUGAUAAACAAUGAUUUUGAAUAUGGUUCCUCGAAUAACUGGGGGCAAUCAUAUCCAAAUAAAUUUAUGCCUAGACAACCAUUAAUGCCAUAUAACUUUCAUAAUGAAAAUAAAACUUAUCAAAAUUUUAACCCUCAAAUGAUGCCUAAUACAAAUAUUAUGAAUUAUAAUAAUCCAAAUAUACCUCAUCAACAAUUUCCUCAAAAUAGGUCACAAUUUAAUCCGAGAUUAAACUUUAUAUUAAAUAAUGUACAAGCAAUGAAUGAUCAGAAUUUUUCUACUAUUCCCAAUCAAUUAAAUAUAAAUCCUACCUUACCUAAUAUUGAAGAUUCUACACUACAAAUACGUAAGGAUUUAUUUAAUGAAAAUCCUAAAGAAAAUGAUUUACAUGCCUAUAAAUCAGUCUCAAAUACAUCUCAAUUAAGUCAAUUUAAUAGUGAAUAUAUAGCAUAUAACUCUAUUCCCAUUAAUGCCAUGAUAGGUGCUCAGCAAACCGACAUUCAAAUUGAUUAUCAAAAUAUAAACAAACGAAAAUCACUUCCUGCAUGGUUGAAAGAAGGCUUAGAGAAAAUGGAAAAAGAAAAAGAAAGAAAACCCCAGGAUAAUACAUAUCAACUUAAAAAUACAGAUUUGAUUAUCGAUGAAAAGGAGUCACAUGUUGAAUACAAUCCUCAACUGUUAAAUGAAGAAACCGAUAAUUUUAAUGCCAUGGAAACAUUAUUGGGCGAAUCUCCUUUAGAGCCUGCCGAAUCUUCCCCUAAUAACGAUGAAGUCAAAAGCAAUGACUAUACUUCAGCCAUCCAUCCUUCCAUAAAUUUAGUGACUAAAAUAAAGCUCGUUUUAACAGAAGUUUUAAUAACUAGUACUAACGAAUUAAUAGCGGAUGUGGUAAAUAAUGAAAUGACUUUAAUUCGAGCCGAAAUUGAGGACAGAAAUAAUCAAAAUAGUCGCAAAGCUUUAAAUAAAAUAUCAUCAUUGGGCAUCUCCCAAUAUGGUUCUGGGGAAGAUUCAAGUCAAUCCGAAAACGAGGAAAAUACCGAAAAGUCUUCACAACUUUUGGCUGAAGAAAUUAAGGACGAAUUUAUGAUCCCUCUCCCAGCUGACAGAGGAAUUAAACGGAUUUUAAAUGCUGAUGAGACUACUUCCAGGAAGAUAGUUGGCAAUAUUGAUCCAGGGGAUAGGGAGGGCGGCAUUAGGCGGAGUAAUAGUAACAUUAAGCCUGACGUACCAAAAACACACGAAUCAGAACAUAGAGUGCCUUCAAAAGCUACCACGCUUAGUAAAGAAGCAAAACCUGACGCUAAAAGUAAUAGCCUGAUUAAGGAAAUGGUUAAAACUAACCAAAAGAUUUUAUCUACUAGUAAAUCUACGAAACAUAGUCACCGGGGCGAUGAAGAUAAUCUAAAAAAGCGCGAAAGUAGUACCCAUUUGAAUAAAUCAUCUUUUUCCGACGAACAAAAAAAUAAGACUAAAAGUAGCUCGUCAAAGAAAGUCGCGGAAAGUAAAAGUCCGAAGAUGGCAGAGGGCAAAAACGGUAAAGAUAAUAAGAUCGACAAAGUUGGGAAGAACGAUAUCAUUAUGAAACCGUCGUCUACGGACGUUAAAAUGGGUAAGGCUAGAGUAGAAGAACCUAAGAUAAAAAAUGUUAAAGUUAAGGAGACGUUUGUGGAAAAGGGUAAUAAAGAGAAAGAAGCAAAAGACAAACGAGCAGCUAUGGGUGGCAAUGUUCUCAAAAAUGAUGAAGGAAAAAAAGAUAAAAAGUCCCCCAAAAUAAUCAAUAGCAAAAGCGUUAAGGUCGAUGAAAUUCGCGACGUCAAAUCCGAAAAUAAAGUUCCUAAGAGAAAGGACAAGGAUCCAGAAAUUAUUAUGUUGGCCAAAAAAAUUUGUUCUAAAAAGCAAGAAAUUCUCACCAAAUCUCAUGAAAAGCCUGUAGACCUUAUCUCCGUCAAAAAGGUUAAAAUUAACAAGAAAAAAAAGGAGAAGGGUGACAAAAAACAUCGAAAACACGUUAAAAGUUCUAAAGAAGCCCGUCAGUCCAAAAAAUCGAGAAAAAGCAAAAAAUCUAAGAAAUCAUCUUCACUAUCCUCUUCGUCAUCAUCAACUGAUUCUUCUACAAGUUCAGACUCUUCGUAAUAAUAUCAACAUGAUUGACUUCUUUGACGAAAUCGACGAGAAGAAAAGAUGCUACAAUCUAAAGGUAUUAUGUGCACUAAAUAGGAAAGAUUGAAUACAAAACCUUAAAUUAUAUUUGAGAUAUAUAAUAAAUUAUUUUCAUAUCAUUUAUAUUAUUAUUAUACAGAAGUUAUAGUUUAAUUACAUAAAUAAAUUG